AUGUCCGGAUUCCCCGCACAGCAACAAGUACAAGCUCGAAAUGCGACAUUGGCAUCUGCACGUUUGCCAAAUGGAAAACUUGGAACUGGGGCGAAUUGGAACUUCAACUUGCCCGUGAGCGGAACGCCGGGAAUCCAAAGCAACCAGCAGCGCACCAUGGCAAACAUGGGAACUUUUGCCCAAAGUCUGAGCGGAUCCCAGCCUGCUACUCCUCUUGAUCUUUCUGACUUCCCUUCGCUAUCCGGCGCGCCUCCGCAAUCUCAAGCUCAAAAUCCAGGGCACUUGGUAUGGGCGAAUGCCAGUCAACGAGCUAUGCAACAGACGCCCGUCCAGAGGCAGCAGCACCCCACGUCCCAAGCACCGUCACGAGCACCUCAAACGCAAACCCAUCUCCCUCAACCGCAAUCACAACCCUCCCACGACGAUGUAUUUCCCUCCGGGGCUCAGUUUGCGAAUCGGUUAGAUGAUUUUCGAAAUGGCGGACAAGGCAUCAGCGGUCAGCUAGGAGCCGGCACUCAGCCACAAACAGGCAACAUCGAGGAGUUCCCACCGCUUGGGCGGAAUGUGCCUGCCGAGCUGGGCCAAGAUCGCCGGGGCUCCUUGAUGCAAAGUGCAGGAUUUGGCAAUUACGGUUCGGGCUUGCCCUUUGCUGGCGCAAAUCAAGCCCAAUCGGCACAGAAUCGCAGUAUGAUCUCAUCAGUAAACGGGCCAGAACGCAUGAUGUCGCCAGCCACGCCAGGUGCAGCAGGUAUCGGAACCUCUCGAUCACCGGUUAACCAGGCAGCGAAUGGGGUCCCAGGACAGGAAAAGGAGGAAUCUACCAACGCCAUCAUGGCAAACCAACGCGCUUUUGCAGAACAGCAAUCAUUACAGCUCUCGACUCAAGGGCCGGAGCAAUCCGAAGCUGCGCAAAGUGCCGAACAACCACCGCUCGCUGAGAUGAGUGAACUAGACAAAUUCGGACUUGCAGGUCUUCUUCGCAUGAUCCACAGCGAUAGCCCCGAUGUAGCUAGUCUUGCAGUUGGUCAAGAUCUGAUGACAUUGGGUCUCGACCUGAAUCAGCCGGAGCCGUUGCAUACAUCGUUCGCUUCACCGUUCGUUGCUUCUAUGACAGGCGUCCCCCUGGAACAAGAUUUCGCCCUGCCUUCGUGCUACAACGUUGCCAACAUCCAGCCCCUUCAGUCGCGCAUUCCUAGUUUCAGCGACGAGACGUUAUUCUUCAUCUUCUACAGCAUGCCCCGCGAUAUCAUGCAGGAGCUAGUUGCGGAAGAGUUGAUGGGUCGCAAGUGGAGAUAUCACAAGAUCGAGAGAUGCUGGCUCACUCGGGAUGAAACAUAUCCUGGGCCUGUUGAUGUCGACAGAGGUGUCAGCGAACGGGGUGUCUACCUCCUCUGGGAUCCUGCCAGCUGGAAAAAGAUCAGGCGCGAGUUCAUCCUCCGAUACGAAGACCUGGACAACCGGAUGGAUCCGCAGCGUAAUCUGGCGCGUAUGGGAGUUCCGCCUCCGGGGUCAUGA